AAUGCAGAUUUUUUAAAUCAGUUUGUAGCCGUUAGUUCGUUUUCGGAUGGGCAUUAACUGAAAUGGACGGCCUUUAGGCGUGAAAUUUUCCCGGACCAACAGCAACAAAAGUCGUGGUCUCCUCUGCUUUUGUUUUGGUAAUAAGCAGGUUGACGGACCCCGGCGGUGGUUACCAGCGGAGUUUCAACUUAAUGUUAGCUCGGCAGCUAAGUAGCUAACACAGACUGUGUCGCAGUGGUCGCAGUCGACAGGUCGACUGGCUAGCAUGGCAGGUAAAACUUAGUGACUAGGUUGAAGAUAUAAGACGAAGCUCGGGUAGUUAGCAACACGCUGCUUGUAUUUUUUAUUCAUCUGUUGCCAGUCGAAGCGGAAUUUGAGGCGUAGCCUUUCGGACCCCGUCAGAGGAAGAUCAGCCUAUCCCAGAGGAUCAGCCGUCACACGCGAAAUGCUUUCUACUUGUUAACUUGUAGCCAACGACUGGCUGCGAAAAUUACAAUGGGUUAUAUCGGCAGCUAGCCUCUUAACCGACCAUGUAAGUCGUUUUGUCACGAAAAGCAGUUGACUCGUGACUGAUCGCUCCAGGACGGUACAGGAGGAGCCCUCCGAACAACGACAAGAGCAGACGCACCGACUCUGAGGAUACAUCCGAGCACCCCCCACCCCUCCUCCCAGUGCAGAGGUCCGUGCUCACAGUCCUGUUAAUUGGAGCGUUUUUUUUUUAACCAUUUGACGCCCCCAUAUGCCUGCGCCUACGCCCGUGUCAACAUCCUGAAGGCGGAGAGAGACGGAGGGAGGGAGGCGACGGCAGCUCCGGGGUCCCCGACAGUCAGCCGAGGAGAGGCAUCGCUGAAAUGAGAUGAGGCUCAGAAAUGGAACUGUGGCCACUGCGAUUAUUUUCUUCACGUCUUUCCUCAGCCUGUCCUGGUACACAGCGUGGCAGAAUGGCAAAGAGAAGCUGAUAGCCUACCAGCGGGAGUUUCAUGCCUUGAAAGAGCGCCUUCGUGUGGCAGAGCACAGGACGCUGCAGCGAUCGUCUGAGCUCAACACCAUUCUUGAGCAGUUCAGACGCGCCAUUGCAGAGACUAACAACAGCAAAGAUGCUCUCACAAACUUCUCAGAUGAGACACAGAAACUACUGAAGGAUCUUGCAAAUAGGAAACAGCUCCAGGUGCCAAAUAUCUAUCACCACCUGCCUCACCUUCUCAACAAUGAGGGCAGCCUGCAUCCUGCCGUGCAGGUUGGUCUUGGCCGCACUGGAGUUACAAUGGUGAUGGGGAUUCCCACAGUGAAGCGGAAGGUGAAGUCCUAUCUGUCAGAGACGCUGCGCUCGCUGAUAGACAAGCUGUCACCAGAGGAGAAACUUGACUGUGUGAUUAUUGUUUUCGUUGGAGAGACAGACCUGGACUAUGUUCACAGCGUAGCUGCUGGCUUGGAGAAAGAGUUUUCUACAGAGCUGAGUUCAGGCUUGCUGGAGGUGAUCUCCCCACCAGCCGCCUAUUACCCUGACCUCAACAACCUCAAGGAGACUUUUGGAGACUCCAGAGAGAGAGUCAGAUGGCGAACCAAGCAGAAUUUGGACUAUUCCUUCCUCAUGAUGUACGCUGUGAGCAAAGGGGUUUAUUACGUCCAGCUGGAGGAUGACAUCGUGGCCAAGCCCAACUACUUUGCCACUAUGAAGAACUUUGCUCUGCAGCUCUCGUCAGAGGACUGGAUGAUCCUGGAGUUCUCUCAACUGGGCUUCAUUGGAAAAAUGUUCCAGGCUCCAGACCUAAACCUCAUUGUUGAGUUCAUCUUCAUGUUCUACAAGGAGAAGCCCAUUGACUGGCUGUUGGACCAUAUUCUGUGGGUCAAAGUCUGCAAUCCUGAAAAAGAUGCGAAACAUUGCGAGCGUCAGAAAUCCAGCCUACGUGUACGGUUCAGACCCUCCCUAUUUCAACAUGUGGGACUCCAUUCUUCUCUUGCUGGAAAGAUCCAAAAACUCACAGACAAAGAUUUCCUGAAGCCACUGCUUCAUAAGAUGCAUGUCAACCCCCCAGCAGAGGUUUCCACUUCAAUGAAGGUUUAUCAGGGUCACACGCUGGAGAAGACGUACCUAGGAGAGGACUUCUUCUGGGCCAUUACUCCUACUGCAGCAGACUACGUCCUCUUCAAAUUUGACAGACCUGUUAGCAUAGAGAGGUUCCUGUUUCGCAGUGGUAACCAGGAGCACCCAGGGGACAAAAUCGAGAACACCACAGUGGAAAUACUGCCUGUUUCGGAACCUGGACUGCAGACCAAAGAGAAGUACAAACGAACAGAGGACCGCUUUUACAGAAUCGGUCAGUUUCAGAAGGGUGUGGCAGAAGGGGCUGUAGAUCCUUCCUUCAAUCCAAUCGUGGCACUUCGGCUUUCGGUUCUCAAAGACUCCGCUGUGUGGGCCAUCCUCAGUGAAAUACAUAUAAAGAGGAUAGCUGGCUGACUCUUCUGAAGGGGGCAUAUGAAUCAUGGCCCCUGGGGGACCAAAAUCUCCUAGACUGCUUACGCAGGGCCUCUGGCACCUAGCAACCAGCAGUGAAAUCAUUAGAGCCCACUAGAGUUGCUCGUCUGAGCUUGUCUGAGGAAAGCCACCUCUCUGUCCCCCACUCGUCCUAAUGUACUUUGUUAUUUUGCUUCUCAUCGAUCGAUUUCUCCCUUUCUUUCUGCAUCUCUCCCUCACUCUUGUGCUCUUAAUUCAUAUGUGAGAAUGUGAAUACUACUGUCUAAAGAACAACAGUGGAGUGUGUGAAGACAUCUGUCCCCAGCUCUGGCUCUGAAAGUGACUGUUGCUCAGCAGCUUUGAACACAAUCAGAAAACGUCUGGACGAAUGAGGAGAAAUCACCACAUCUGGGGAGAACCAGUCACCUGGCCACUGGUGUAGAUGCUGCCAAAUCCUCCUGUUACUUAAUGCUGCCACCUUUGGGCAAGCUGGGGCAUUGCACUGUCACUAGCGCCUCAGCAAAGCCCAUGAUGAUCAAGAAUGUUGUCAUCACUAAUGGCCAGUUGCUCUCUGUUCUCGGCAGAGAUGACGGAGCUCUAGAUCAACACCAGCCCAAACAAAAAUGUUUCCUCACUCCUAGAGUAUUCUAAGUCACACUCAAAUACUCCACUUGUCCUGAGACACAAACUCAGGAUGAGCUUUUCCAAACUGUUCCUUGAUCCUGCCUGCAGCCAGUCGGUGACAACUUUGACCAUAGGCCAGAUUCUGUGGUAAUUACUUCAGUCCAUCAAGAAAAUAAGUACCAUCACACCAUAUCUAUCUCACUUCCUGUCUGACAGGCUGUGUAUGACCUCAGUGUCCAUUUAUAGUAUACCAAUCAGACAUUGCCUUGGCGUCAUUUUCCCGAAGGAAUAUAUUGUUAUAUUGAUAUAUUAUUACAGCUUUGACGAUCUAUGAAGGUGACUUAAUUUAUUUGAAAUAAAUCUUUAAUUUGUACAAGAGGUAAAAUAUAUUUUUAUUCUAUUAAGAGAUGUUUAUGGUAGUUCAGAACCUGUUUUAUUUGUGUACUGUUGUGUUUUUUUUGGGGGUUUUUUCUCAAAAUUGCUAUUGUACAUUUUAUUUUCAUAACGGCUUCUUGUGAAAUUGCUUUGUCUGCAAGUAGCUCGGUUCAGUUUCUUUUCACUUGAAGUGAAAUGUUAAGAGUAAAGUGAUUCAUUUUCACUGUUUAGAAACUAACUGGUAGGAGCGUUGUGAUAGAUACUUUUGAAGUAGUUGUGGGUCAAAAUUAGAAAAAUGUGCCUUAUAUCCAGGUCCCUUGAAAUUGUCUCAGCAGCAUUAUUCCAAUCUGUUCCCUCUUACGUUUGCCUACACUUGGACUGCUGGAGAUACUGAUAUUUUAAAAAUAACACAUACAGUCCAGUUAGCGAUUGGGAUGUCAAAAGCACUCUCUGUGUUAUGCUGAGUGAAAAUGGUACUGGAGGGUUUUUUGUACUAGAUUACCAUCUGCAUGAUUUGCACUGCUUUUUCACUUUUAUGUUAUCAUCACACCCCUCACCACUGUACUUAAAUUUUCCAUCUUUGCACAGUAGAUGCUCAUUUCACUGACUCCUCCGAAUCCACUUUACAGUUUAUUUUGUCCAAUUGUGUAUCUUAGUUUUUGAUUGGACAGAAUACUAUGACUACUGAUCAUUGCAGAGUGCGCCUUUUGUGGUAUGAAUUGGCUGAGGUUGUGCAGUACUUUCACUGAUUGUAAAUCUAUAAAAACAGCAUCAAGUAUCUCUUUCUCUCUCACUAACUCUAUAUUUUGCCUCACUUAAUUGUUUAUUGAAAUUUGUUUGAAAUGUUUUGUUUUUGUGUGGCCAAUGUUCUGAGUGGAAGCUAUUUUUAAGUGAAACUUCACUCAUCUUACAUGUCAAUGGUUUAUUCAAGGGGGUAGUGAAGUGCCUUUUGAUGGAAUUGAUAUGGAAGUGUAACAACUUUUACUAAUCGUGCUUGUUCAAAUGCAUGAUUAUUAUUUGUAAUUUAUAAACAAUGUUUGUUGGUUUUUUGGGGUUUCUUUUUUUUCAAUCUGAGUAGGCUCUUCCACCCCCUGAUCAAACCAUCUACACCAGAGCUGUACUUUUAAAAACAGAAGCAGUUCAACCUCUGCCUCUUGAUCAGAUUCUGGUAAUAGGUAGAAGAUGGAAGCAAGCCAUUUAAAGGGUGGGACAUGUUAUUUUGAAAGAGUAAAGACACUUUCAGUACUGUUAACAGGACCGGCUUCUGCCCCUUACCUGGCAACCACAUACAAACUGAAACUGAAUGCAUGAAAACAGCAUGAACGGUCAUGUGACCCCCUACUGUAUUUGUGGAGAGUGGACAGGAGACAAAAAAAAGGAGCUCUUCCCAUGCUUGACAACCCUUAACACCCAUCAGUUCAUGUGCCUUCAUCAUAUACAUGUGAAUGCCUAUGUCUGAUGAUUAUGACAUCAUUUUUCAUGGACAUCUUUGAAAUAAAUGAUAAAAGUUGUUAGAAGUCA